CUUAUGCUAUCUUUAAAGCACGUAGAACUCGUUCGCUAGAAAGCCGGUAAGUGAUUCCGCACUGCAAUGAUAUAACUCCCUAUUGCAAAAAAUAGAGGCACGUGAAUCGAAGAUUUUUUUACAUCCAUUGUGAUGAUGCACUUUCAUUAGGAACUGAUUGACAAUUUCCUCGUGUUUGCGGAACAGAAACAAAGCGUCUGUUUGCUUGUAUCGCCGUCAAUGAUCUGAGCUACACAAAGGAACUCACUAAGCGUCACAAUGUUUAAACAAGUCCGCCACAAGUUGAGUCAUUCGCAUAAGCAGACUUCAGUAGAGCUCGUAGAUCCGCCCAACGGAUUCAGCGAAAUUCAUGCCAUGGAAAACAAGGCUGAAGCCCAAACUCCUGAGUAAGUGAUUAUUAUUUGUGGUUAUAUAGCAUAUACUAAAGGUGAAUUUAUUUGUCCUCCUGGAAGUAAUCAAAUAUAUGCUGUAUGCAUGCAGGAUAUUGUGGCGAAAUCAGUAAUCAAUCCUUAAAUAGGGUAUAUAAAUUGUCGUCAUCAACCAAUCUACGAUUUCAGACUGUUUUGUAACGGUUGACAAAGUUUGCGAACUACAGCUGUUUAAAUGUAAGUAAGUGUCUAUAUCUCAUGAUCAGCAAAAGAUUGUUGCAAACGGAUUGAAGCUCGUCAGCAAACCGAGCAUCUUUUAAAAAAGCGAUGCCGUUUACAAAUCAUAACUUCGUAUCACUUAUGCAAUUCAAACACGUAGAGCCUUGCGAAGGCUACCGCACUGAUCACGGGUCACAUGCAUUCCCAGUGACAGCCUUGAGGCGCAUUCUUAGGAGGUCCAAUUUUAGUCACCUAUUACACUGUUAUUACAAGACAGCUUCUACCAGCUUAUUUAUUACGACACUACGCAACUCAGCUUUCACCGAAGAUGGUACGAAGUACGCGAACAGUCUCGGCAAGGAUAGGAGUGAUAACCUAAUUCGAAUAUAUGGGGGUGGGGGUUGAGAAUGGAGUGUUCCCUCAUUUUAGGAUACGUAUGAUCCGCACUGGACAUUCUCAAUAGCUGUGUCUCAAACUCUGACCUUGUUUAAGAGGACAAAAAGCUUUAACUUUUCUCCCUUUUAAAGUCCCGACAAUGAAAAAGAGCAUCAUAUGUACGUAAGGGAACUCGAUUGACGCAAAAUUGUGUGAACAAGUGUUUUGUUUAUGGACUGACCCCCCUUCAAAAACGCCGGAGAGGAUUCUAUAGUAACUCGUAGUUGAAUAGUUUUCUUAAUUCGAGUUUCAUUCUCAGAGAGUUCUACUUUAGGUUUUCGAAAGGGAUUUGUUGUUUUAUGACUGAGCACAUCAAAAAUUAUAUACGCUAUCAGGCUUUACGGUGCCCUUACAUAAUCGAAAGAGGCCGACUCGGGAGGUUACUCCCUGUAUAAUCCCCUAUAAUAGGUAGCUCUGCCCGAAAGGUGUACCUAUUUCAAGCUUCAGGUAUAAGAGAGGGUACGAGGCUUUCACUAGUUGAGGUAUGUGAAAGGGCGGGGAAAUCUUUCAUUGUGUUCCGAUCUGUGAAAGGACCUAAGAGCUAACGGGAGCAUUUAAAUGGCUGCGGAAAAGACAAGAAAACUUUUGGUUUAGUGAUUUAUAUUGAUAUUUUUGCAGUGUUCUACACUAGUAUGUGAAAGGGGUACCAUAUUUGUCAAUAACUGAGGUAUACGAUUUGGCUGGCUUUACUGUUAUAAAUGGUAUAUAAAAAGGUAAGCGGUUGACCCUCUGUGCGGAGCCUCGCGUACACAACAUUGUUGAUUACCCCCCCCCCCCCCCCCCCCCCCCCCCACCCCCACCCCCCAGCCCGCCCCCAAAAAUUACCUUUUUUUGCUUUGUCUAAUACAUAUAUUUUUGCGUGUAAAAAAAAACACACACCCCAACCACCUCACAAUACUACAAAACAAAAAACAGAAGUUUGAAAGGGCGAGUCUCUAUCAUUGAGUAAGCGCAGUAUUAUUGUUUGUGUUGUUUUUUUCAAAAAUGUGUUAAAAAAAAGGAACGCGUUGCCCCCUCCUUGGGGCUCCUCCUCACCAAAACUGUUGUUUGCCCCCCCCCCCCCCCCCCCCACACACACACACACACCCCGGAGGACGCCAAGAAUGUAUCGCUUGUUACUAGUUCUAGUAACUGAUUUUGGCCGGAUGAAAUAAACUCAAACCUGGCUCAACGCGUAUCAAUACUGAAAACGAAGCGAGUGUGUAAACAUACUUUAAGACUCUACAGUCAAAUGUGAAGCAUCGAAAACUUGUUUGGGAACAACAACGAGUCUAUAGCUUUUCAGGUGUUAGUCAAGAAGAGAAGCGCCAAACGGCUGAUCUUUUUUUGACCUUUUUCUAACAGAAAUCUUUUGAAGUUGCUCCUUACUUUAGUAAGCUUAACAUUUUCUUUGGAAGACAGUAUGACUGAGGGGUACGGUGUGGGCGGAGCAUCCCUGCACCCUAAUGAAGUGCACAGCAGUAACUGACUUAAGAGCAAAAUACAUUUCACGAUGCAUUUUAUGCUAGCAGGUUUGCUUUUAUUUCAUUUUUUUUCAAGUUAAGAUGACCUCGAUACCGUGGGUUCCCCUUUCCGCGGGUAAGUUGAAAAGAAGUCGGUCGAGAACAGGUUAUGGGCUCCUGUCGGAAAUCGAAAUCAUGUGCUAGCUGUGAAAAAUUGCCAUUUUCUUGUUUACAGAUCCCCAGUAAAAUUCGGACAUAAUUUUCAAAUUGCGGCGUCACGGUCUUUAUUAUUACGUUUUUAGAUCCUUCUUGUUUACUAAAUAACUUAACGGCUGGUUAACCGCAUGCACCGACGAAUUGUUACGUAACCAGAUUUAAAAAUAGAAGAUUUGACAAACCGGGUCUAAAUACAGUACCCGGAAAACCAUCCUAAACAGCAUAUAUUUCAAUCUACUGCUGAAGUGUUUCUCAUUUGGAUACUCUGAAAUCUAAGGGGUUCUUUAUGUACAUAAAUCUCGAAACUUUGUUGCUCGAAAAUAAUGAAAUUGAAUGAUAUUUCAGUUACAGCCAGCUGUGCAGCUGAUCGUGCAGUAAAAACCCGCAUAUAGGACCCUAGAAUUUUCGAUGUCAGGCUGAACAGUUUCUUAUAUUUUAUGUUAGUUUUUCACAAUUCAGGCUGAUUAGGUUCUUAAUAGGUUCUUAUUUUUCAGAGGUUGUUGUAGUGUAACCAUUGGCAGAAAUAUUGUAAUAGUUUGGCACUUGUAUUUUCAACAAAAAAAUGCUUGCAUACACAAAAAAACAUUUUGGGCUAUGUACGUAUUAAAUUAUGCACUGUAGCUUUAUGGAAAACAUAUUUCUAGGGAAAAUCCAAACAAAUGAUUAAAUUCAAGGAAAACAUAUCAUAGUAACUUUUUGUCACAAGUUUCGUUCUCACACAGUACAAUUAAAAUCCAAAAUUUUGACUUUCAAAAUUUGAGUCCUUUUUUUGUACGUGAAAAGCUAUUUUUCUUUGCCAGGCUGAACAGGUUCUUAUAUUCUUGGGUAUUCAAAUACCAAAUUUCAGCCUGAAGGUUCUUAAAUCAUGAGGUUCUUAUAUGCGGGUUUUUACCGCUGUAUUAGUUCCGAAAAGCUACGAUACAAUUACAUUUCCAUCGGUCGCAUCAUGUACGUAUGAGGAAAUCUAAUCCAAUCGGCCAGGUUACCAAGACUCUCGGACAAGUGAAGUGUGAAACACAAACGAUCGAUGUGCAGUCUUGAGUAAACUCCUCAGUCGCAUAUUUAUUUAGUAGAAAUAGCAUCCUUGUCCAUGGGGUAAAACUUUUUGACUUUGUGGAUGCGAUUUUAAUCGUAAUGAGACCAUUUUUUGAUUUCUAAUUAAUGUAUUUCUCUGCAGGGAACAGCCGGUUUUCUCGACCCGAGCUCACGUCUUCCAGAUCGACCCUGCUACGAAGAAAAGCUGGCUUCCUUGCUCAAAGCAAGCUGUCACCGUGUCUUUCUAUUAUGACCCGAACAAGGAGACACAUCGCAUAAUAUCGGUUGAUGGUUCAAAGGUAUGAAAGACUCUUUUUAAGAUUUAUAACACGCACAUUCGAGCUGUAUACGUAGCUGACGUUUCUUGAUAAUAUUUAUAUCCGCUUCGUAGUUGAUUUCAACACAUAAACUUAAUCAAGUUCAAGCUUUUAUGCUAAUCCUAGAAUGUUUAUCUUGUCUGCUUCGUUCUUAAGAGGCCUAAAUCUACGGAGAAACAGUGCUACAGAUCGCUAAUUAACGAAAUAAUAACGAAAGGAAGUUUCUGUUUAUAUCGGGUUAUUCUUUCCUGUCAGAGCGCUUAUACGAAGCAACAUAACAGAGUCGCGGCUUCCAGCAAAUUUUACAACCAUCAGUUUUGAUAAAGCUGUUUUGUUUUGAAUUAAAAAACACAGGCAUUGAACCUAACACUGGUUUUAGUCCAAUUGUAGGUAAAGUCUCAUUUAUAUUAACCUUUAUAUCCGAGCAAUAGUAUAAGCUUACGAAGCUAUAGAUAUAUUCAGCGCAUUCCCACAGUCAAGUGAUAUUGACAACGAGCGAGCGAAAUGUACAAUUGUUGUGCACGUUUUUUCCACACUGCUUUCGGCAGAUAAAACCUAUCUGGCCGGCUGAAAAUGUGCUUUGUUGUUAAAAUUUAAAAUGGCGAUAAUUGCUAACCGUGAAAUUAUUAAUAAAUAAGUGUUCGUCGAAGCGUUAGGCAAAUUUAAAAUUUAUCAUCCCAUACAAGAUUAUCAAGAUUAUUGUUCUCAGAUCCAGUCCAAAAAGACUUAAAGUGUCAUUUCUGUUAACGAUUUAGUUAACGAUUUAGUUUCAACUCUUUCAGCUCAAUUUAUAUUUCAACAAAUAAUUUUAAGAGUUAAAUACAGAUGAAUAUUUUGCCACAUUCCCUGGCCAGCAAUAUCUUAAAUUAUCAACAAAAUUGUCCUUCCUUUUAUGAGGGUGCAAUGAAUUUAACUGGGGCCACUAACACUUGAAAUUUAAAUACCUGUUCUCGUUUUUGAUGGUCUAAGAUACUAUUCCAAAGUCAUGCAGACACUUGUAUGUGAUCCUGACCUGUGAUUGGCUGUUUAGGACUUGGGGCACCCCUAGUUGAGUUCUCUGUACUGUAACACAUACCCUCAACAAACAAAUCAAACAUUUAAGCAAAUAUGACUAUUGCUGUUUCUAACUUUUGUUGUGUUAAAUUUAUUCUCAAAUAGAAAAGUUUCACUUUGAUUGGUGUAAGAUGUGCUUUGUAAAAUAAUUAUGAUACUUGGAGGAGCUCAUAACCCUUGUCCUCUUAACAGGAAAUGCUGUGUUUAUUAAACUUCUGCUACCUAAGGGCUUUAACAGUGCUCUUGAGGAAAAUGAAUAGAUACUUAAUUUUUGUGGCUACAGGUGUCCUACUUGCUGGAGACAAAAAACAGGAAUAAGCAAUACUAACUCCAGCAGUCUACCUUUGUGCUGGUAACAAAAAAAUGUGUGGUCUUCCGUAUUUAAAAACUACACAGCUAGUAAGCUUGAGUGAACUUUUUCCGACAGGCCAUUGUUAAUAGCACCAUACUACCAAACAUGACAUUUACCAAGACAUCCCAGAAGUUUGGUCAGUGGUCAGAUGCACGGGCUAACACUGUCUUUGGCUUAGGAUUUCCCUCUGAAGUUGAAUUAAACAAGGUUUGUAAAGCAUGCUGACAUUUUAAAUUAAAUUUGUUCUACACUUUUAGUAGGGACAGGUACUCAAUUUAAAUAUAACAUUUCUACGUCACUAUCUUGUCAAGGUGAAUCAACAGUUAAACACAGGCACUUAGUCGACGCAAUAAAACAUAGAAAUAUUUACUCAACUGUUCUCAAUGCAAAAAACUAAAAGAUACAUCUGUUCAUUCCUCAUUGUCACGUGCUCAUUCAACUGUCAAUCAAGAUUGCACCCAAAACCGAAAGCAGAGGCACAAUCUUGUACCACUCUAUAUUUUGUGGUUCAGUUCUAUGCUAUUUUUCUUUUGCUUUUAACUCCCUAACAUAAUCUUUAACAUGUAAGACUUGUAAUAAACAAAGAUUGCAGAGUGUGAUCCCAGACUGUUUCUCCUUUGGCAAGUUUCUGAUGAUGCCCUUCACCCCUGCAGAAUAAAAAGGGAUUCCAGAUACAUGCUUUAUCCCAUACAAUCUCCCUCCACUCCGCACAAAGAUGCAAUGAUAAAAAAAUUGAAACAGUCAGACAGUAUAUUAUGUACAGUUGACUUGUGACAAAAAGGUACCCUUGAAAUGUGUCUUAUGAUGACAUGAUUGAAGCAAUCCUAUGAUAUGAACAUUUGAAUUAAACCACUUUGGAAGAAUAGAGUGUUCAUUAGGCAUUGGAGAUCGUAGAUUUCUCCGUUUAUUACCCAGAAUUCUCCAGCUAAUGGUUGGUAGCCUUUAAAUAUUUUUUAUUCAGACGUGGAACCUCUUUCUCUUACACGAUGUUACACCUUUGUCUUGCUACUGGAAUUUGUAAUGAAAACCCUGAGCAUAUGCAUGGUAGCUAGGUUAUUGAUUGAUUCAUUGACUUGACUUAGUUGAGCGUAGUGAAACCCAGUGUGAUUUCUAUAGUGGAAGAUCUAUUUCACAUAUGGCCUGUAUUCAGUUUGCAGACAAAUUCAAGGAAGCCAAAGGCUCUAUCAGAGCAACUGGUAGUACGGGCAGUACAACAUCCUCUUCAUCAGCUACUGGUGUGACUGUUAACGGCACAUCAAGUGGAGUGGUGAAUGGAACGGCAGAGUCACCUCAGGGUACACCUAAUGCUGCACAUAAAACAGCUUCUGUAAGAAGCAACUCAUCUGCAAGUAGUGGGGAGGUAAGCACUAUAGCUGGUCAUACUGGGCCGUUUCUGGGUUGCCUCAAGCCUCUCUUUAAGCGAGUCUAAGUGCAAAGCCACUGAUAUGAAAAUGUUUUUUUUUUAUUUUCAUGGAAAUAGUAUCUUUUUAACAUAAGGUUUCUGCCCUUAGUCUCAUUUUAAAAGUGAGAGGUUUUGGAACCCAGAAGUGGCAUGCAAAUGCAGGAGUGCUAACAUUGGCUAUUAUAAAUUAGUAAAAUCCAACUAGUGGUCUAUUAUCAAUGCUGCAUUCUGAUUGGUUGAGCUACUACUAGGCUAUAUGUUAUAACCCCCUAGUAGCAAAAAGCGCGGGCUUUUUGGCGGCAAAAAAGGAUUAAAGUCUAGCUUUAACUAGCUAAAAUUUUUUUAUUCUCGAUAUUUUUGACCAGCUAGUUGGAUUUUACUAAAACAAUAUUAUUCCUCUCGCCCUUCAUGGCCUCGGAGUCAAUAGCCCAUGAGACCAAAGUAUAGUUUAGUCCCUGUGCUUGUUGAGUUCAGGAACAUAAUUUUCUAUUUCUUAAGAAUUAAUCUUUAAGGGUUCCCUAUUCCUAUUUCUGCAAAAACUUGUGAUUGGGUUGCAUGAUAUUAUGCUGGAUCUUAAGGUUUCCUCAUUUGUCCAAAAAUUUAUUCUAAACAACCAAAUUAGACACCUGAGUUCAUCUAAGCCACUUCCAAUGGAGGUAUCAACAAAACUGCUGUUACUAAAACAGUAUUUAAUAUUGUUAGUGGUUAGCCAAGCAACAAGCUGUAAACUUAUUUAAUUGAUCAUUUAAAGUUUUUAUUUAUGACAUAUGUAGUACUAUGUUGUGUAAAUACUCUCAGCAUUGUUUAUAGCUUAUAUUUAUAGUCUGUUUGUAUAAAUAACCUUUUUCACUUUUUCUGGGUAUGAGUUGUGUUUGGUUGUUUAAUAAAUAUUGUUAUUAAUUUCUAACUUUAAAUCUGAGGACAAAAUCCCUUAGUUUCAUGCCUUCAUGUGGUCCUGUUUGUCUUAUCUUUUAUUUGUAUGGUGAAAUCUUGAAAUUUUUUGAAUAACAAAAAAAGUUUUUUCUUAUUUUAGCCACCCCCCAAAUAAAAGAACUACAUUUACAUAGCUGCAGGCUUGAUCAGCUAUUUUGAUAUUAUUUUUAACAGAUAACUGAUUAUAUUUAUGUUGUUGAAACAAUAGCUUUGACACAAAUUUAUUGCUUUAUGACAUUUUUUUGACCACAAUAGUUAAUUGAACAUGCAAAUUUCUUUGCCUCAACUUACUGCACUUUGAUAUUUCAUUCAGUAUACACAUUUUCCAUUUUGUAUUAUCAAUAUUGGCCUCCUUCAUCUACCUUGUUUACAAAUGGAACAUUUAGGCAGAAGAAUAUCUCUACCAGCUUCAUUCAAAAUGACAGCUCCUUUCAUGGUAUAAGCAAAUUUAAAAUUUAAUGUCUUAUUGACUUGACUUAUUGUAUUUUACCACUUUUCUUUUUUAAAUAAUGAGUCACUCUGUUUCCUGUAUAAUUUCAAGUUAAUGAUAAUACGUACAGUAGAACCUCGAUAACUCGAACUUGGAUAACCUGAAUUCCCCGCUAACUGGAAUUAAACUUCCUCUCCCUUGAGCAAAAUUUCACUGAAAUUUACCCCAAUAACAUGCAUUCCUUGCUAUAAACUCAAACUGUUUUUCCUUUCCCUUCAAAGUUCGAGUUACCAGGGUUCUACUGUAUGUGUUUAUGUUGUAGGUAAAAUCCGUUCUUUGGUAAGGUUAAACCUGUAUUCAACCUAUAAAGGUUGACUUCCAACUUGCAGGUUUCUAACCUUAGUAAUCUGCCCUGAAUGCUGAUUUAACCUGAAAAGGCCUUCUACCACAACAUGGGUUUUCUGAACUUAAGAAGAUUUUGUUUUAAUUAUGGGACAGAAUAUCAUUUUCAUUACUUGCAAAUUCUUAUUAUUUACCAGUUCAUAAUCUCUUGUUUAAAGUUUUGUCAACAUGAAUUUAGCUGGCUUAGUUAAUAACAACAUCGACGACAACAACAAUAGAUAAUUAUGACCUCUUGAGCUUGUAUAAUUUUGUUUUCCCAAUGUUGGUCAUUUGACGUCCCCAAGGGAAUUAAUUCUUUGUUUUCUCAUGAAUUAUACAUACAUACAUAUGCAUGUGAGUAAGAGGAAAUUUAAAAGAAAUAGCUCUCUUGAGUAACCUUUAUGACCUACAUUGGGAGAACAAGCCAUACAAGAGGGAAACUGUGGUCAACUCAAUUUUAUAACAAUAUUUAAAUCUCCAGGAUGAAACAAGAGAGACGACUGGAAUCAGCCAUAAAGUAGUUGGAAACACAGAAUCGCACCUGAAAUACGAAAAUGAUAGACUCAAGAUGGCGUUAGCCCAAAGGUAUAGGAAAAUUUAAAAACUUUGAAUCUCAAAUUUCUUUAAAAAUUAAAACAUUUUGGGUUUAGAUCAGUGCAAGUUCAUUUUUGGUUGUGAUUGGUCUUUGGUCAUUGUUACUAAAUUUUGCUCACUUUUAAUUUUGCAACAUUCCACUGAGCUGGUGACCUCCUCUAACUCUGACUUUUUAGUUUAACUAGAUGGUAGGCACGUUUAUGACUGCCUCUGACUCUGUUGCUGAUUAAAACAAGCCUUUGGCCCAUUUUCACCCGCCCCCCCCCCCCCUCCCCCCUUAAUAGUGAAUGUCUCUCAUUUUAAAUUUUCAUGGAUGCUUUUCUUGCUUGUCUUUGAUUUUUGAAAAGUAUGUCAUGCAAAAUUAGGCUCAAUAAGGUAUUAAUUGUGUCUUGUCUUUUUGACAGCUCUGCUAAUGCUAAAAAGUGGGAGACAGAACUGCAGACACUGAAAAAUAAUAAUGCCAGACUAACAGCUGCAUUACAGGAGAGCACAACAAAUGUGGAGGAGUGGAAAAAACAACUGAAUGCCUAUAAGGAAGAGAAUAUUAAACUUAGAAAAAAGGUGCAUGCUUGCAGAAAAAAUACUUUAAAUUAAUAAUUUUUGUAAUAAUUGAUUUUUAUUACUGACAUGUUUAUUUAUUUAUUUGUUAUUCAUUGUUUUGUAGCAUUUUAGUGGAUGAAAUUUUGUUGCAAAAUUGCAUUGGGAAUAAAUGUACAUUUCUUUCUCACCUCAUUUCACAUUAAAGUCUUCUAACCAAAGAAAAUCGCACAUUGCAGUGACACAAAAAUGAUAUUUAAUCCCUGUCGUAAUUAACCUCAUUAUACUUUUUCUUUUAGGUCCAAGAAAUAGAAUCAUCAGACCAAGUAUCAGAUACAUUAAAUGCGCUUCAGCAAGAGAAGCUCACCCUGGAUGGACGAGUGAUUCAGCUUGAGAGCAUGAUAAGACAGAAAGAUGAGGUCAGCUGGAAAUUCAAGCUAAUGUUUCUUUGGAGUUUAUAUAUUGUUUUCAAGGAAUUCAAAAUAUUAAACAAUGCUCGCUUUGGCUGGAGACAGGGUGGGGUAUCUUUGCCUUUAAAAAGACUGUGAAACAUUACUGUGGUUUGAUUUAUAAACUCCACUGCUAAGGAUUUUAUCUCUCAUAGUUGAUAACUAGCUUCUGGACUUUCUAUAUUUGGUUCCCUUUAAGUUCUUACACUCAUUAACAAAACAACGAUUAUCAUGUAAUGUCGUUAAUUUUUUUAUCUCAGGUAAUUUUUAUUUUUCCAUUGUUUUUGGGUGUGGUAAUUGUGUGCUAAUUCAUUCGAAACAAAGGAAAGACAAAAAUUUCCUGAAAUAAAAAUUAACUGCAACAUACAGCUGUAUAAAAUCAUCACAUCCAACCAAACCAGUAAUAAUGUUAUUUUUGGGUGGGAUGGCACAUCACCAUUAGCAAAGGAUGUUGUUAUUAAAUCUCAUUUUCCUCUGGUCUUGUCCUUGUCUUUUCAGUCUUUUCUGUGUGACUGCACUAUUUAUAACAAGGGCUAAAAAGUCAUAUAUAGAGAUCACAAGAAAUACUGGCCUACAUUUUUGGCUUUUUCUCCGUGUCCCCUCAGUCUUCAACAUCAGUGUCAAAACCUUUCUAUUCUAUUACAGAUACCUUUGCACCUGAAACCCUUAACUACAUAAUAUCAACACACAGGAUGGUAUUUUUUUCCUAAUUCUAGCAUGUUUUCUUUUUAGGAUAAUACCAAUUUAAGACAAGCAAAUGCUGAACUUACAAAUCAGAAUCAGGUUGGUGGUAAACUGUUAUCCCAAGUACUUAGUGUAAUGGUAAAGGGGCACAAGAGCCAAAGGCCCAAACAGCCAGAGCUUAUCCUGGUUUCCUUAGCAUGAAGCAAAAUUGCCUUGUAAGAGUAUUGCUAGUCUCCCAUGGCCGCUUGCUAGUACAUCGCAGGGUCAGACAAUACCCCAGUAUGUUGCCCAUACCCAUUUAUACACCUGGGUGAAGAGAGAGAAAGAUUGAAGUUCCUUGUCUAAGAAAACGACAAGACGGCGAGGCUUGAAUCCCGGACCACCAGAUCUAGGUGUUUAAAACCACUCUGCCGCACAUGCCUCCACAGUGCUCAGUGUGCUGUGGUUUAUAUAGUUUUACAUGUUUUUACAGCUUUACGCAUCAUUUACCUACUAUUCCAAAUUUCAAUUGCAAGGUCUGAAAUACCAAAUGAUACCAUGUGACUGUACUACAAAAGAACUUUACUUGAAUGAAAACACCUCAUUCAUACUCGGCGAGGAGCAGUGAACCCUGGUCAGGGCUAUCACCUUCAAUUUAUGACACAAUUUUGCAGUCUCAUCAAAAUGAGGCUGGAAAUUAGAGCAAAUGUCACUGAUGAAGAGAUCUUGAAAAGAUCUUGGAAGCUCUGUGUAACUAAGAAUUUGUUGCUGUUGGAGAAUAUUUCUUUGCAGCACUAAAGGAUAAACAUAAUGUGAUAUUUCAUCUUCAGAUUCAAAAGUUGAAGUCAUUUAUUAUAGCAAAUCUCCUCCCCAUUCAUUUUCAUUCAGACAAGGAAUGAAAGAGGGUAAUGCCUAUUUAUUAUUUAUGCAGGGAGUUGUGUUUAAAAUGUGUAGUUGAAGUUAACAGCAGCAUUGUUUUUUAGACCCUGCAAGUGGAAAAUGAUAGAAUGCAUUUAAAAACAGAGGAGCUGAUGUCUCAGUUGAACAAGAAUGCUUUGGAUGAAUCUCGUGUGAAUGAGCUCAAUGAACUCCAACAACUACUGGCUGGGAAGAUUGAUGAGCUUAAUUCUCUCAGCGUAAGUUUAGCAGCAACCUUGCAAGGGAAGCCGCCUGAAUUGGAUAAUAGCUGAAUUGAAAUUUGAAACAUUCCAUCUUUGAUUUGAAACUCCUGCCAGCAGCUUCAGGAGAGAAAAUUUAAUUUAUUCAAAUGACCGCAUCAUAUAAACAUCAGAAAUUAUCAAGUAGAAUCAUUUAACCAGAUAUGAACUUUAAUUGUUUAUUGUGCCAUUUAUGGUAAAUGGAAUGGAGUUGACACAAAAUAGUUGCACUAGGUGUACUGAAAUGUACUUUAGAAAUGAAGUCUUGAGUGCUAAUUUAGUUCAUUUUAGAAGUUCAUCAUUCCAGCAGGCAAGAUUUUUUUAAUCAUUAAAAAAGGGAAAAGCCAGCAGACAGUCUGACUAUUUUUUAAUACAUAUUCCAAUUUCUUUUAAAAUAGCAUCUUGUCUCUUGACUGACAGAAUUGCAGUUAUUUUUCUCAGUGAAAGAUAGAAUAUACUGUUCAUUAAACUGCAAACUCGACAAGCCAAUGCCUUUAACUUUUUUGUCAAUUGUUAUUGAAAUAUGUUGAAACAAAAAAAAAAAAAAGAUUGUCUGAAUAGGAUUUAAGGAUUGUUUGCCUUUUAGAAGCCCAUAAAAGCGGUCUUAGUGGUCUUAUUUUGCUGGGGCCAGUUGUUCGAAGGCCAAUUAGUGCUAACUUGGGUUUAAAUUUUUACCCGGGUUUCUGUUUCCUUAGUUCAAAAUCAUUUUCUCGGAUAAUGUUCUUUACUCUUUUUUAGAGUAUCCAAUCUUUAAAUUGAAGACAAAAAGAAUUGAACUCAGUUUGCUCUUUAUGCUUCCAUAUCUGAAUUUAAAUUUUGCACUAACCUUGGGUUACCUUGGAACAACCCCACCCUGGAUAAUAAUAAUGUCAAAUGUACUUGCUAACAAAUUCUUUAUGCAGUUAAUGAAAAAUUCCUUUCGAUCUUUUGUCAAAUAAUAAGUAAAAUUUGAAAAGCAAGGAUUUUAUUACGUGCUGUUAUUGUUUUUUUUUUUUUCUACUCAUUUUACAAAUGAAACUACUCAUGAUUCAGAGAUUUGUUACUUGGUUCGUCUAUUAGAAUAAAAACAUGUCUUAGACAUGUUAGUUGUGCCAAUACUACAAUAUAAUACAAAGUGUGAAAUUGUAAUGUUUGCAUAGUUUUAUAAAGAGUGAUUUUCAUUGGCCAAAUUUACUAAUAAAAAUUGUAUAUUAGAACAGUAUAAAUUAUUUGUGGAAUGUUCGAUACUUUGUAGAUAUAUACAUGCUAUGUAACCCACUAACCUUAAUAUAUUAACAUAACCGUAAUAAUUGAUAAAAGUGUGGAAGCGAUGUAACGAAGCAUUUUUGUAGUCAACAAGAGAAUGAAUAAAACCCCUUUAGCAUACCAAGGGUUCUAAUGGUAUGUAAACAG